AGCCCGAUCGCGAAGCUUACUCGACUACGCUACGGUCUACGCAUCGCGAGAAUUCCUAUACGAGUAUUAUCAUUUAUUUGACAUUAUUCAGUGAUUUCAAUGGCAGGAAGACCAGACGAGAAGAACCUCGAAAGCAGACGAGAAUAUCUGGGUAAAUACGAGAAAAGUCAUGUUGGAAAGUGGGUGAGAGAUUCCCUUUCUAAGAUCAUUGCUAACCGGCCAGAAGAUCCCAUACAGUUUCUUGCCAGCUACUUUGAAAGUAUUCGGGAGAAGGGUAAUCGAGUGGUGAGGGCACACCAAGUGCUGUAUCUCACUCAUCAUAGUCGUUUGGCCUUUGAAGAUAAUGUAGCCACAGCCUACCAGAUCUUGAGUACACCAUCAAGUUCUAAACAUUCUUUUGGUUUGACGGGAUCAGCUUAUAAGGAAUUGUUGCGGAAAAUUUUGAGGUUUGUUCCAGAAACAGUAGAAGAUGAUAUCAUGAGAAAGAUCGGCCCUAGAGACCAUGAAUUCAUUCCACUUGACGUGUUUCAUCAUGGAAUACUGACUGCAUUUGUACUUAUUGAUUUCUUACAACAAUCAGAAGGAUUAUAUAAUUGUUUGGACUCUCAUUCAAAUGGUCAGGUUCCUCACAUUCUCUGUGAAGCUGUUCUUCAUGAGCUCAAGGAGUCUGUUACUUCAACAUCUACUGAGCCUAUAUCAAUACUUCAAGCGGGAGCUCGGUUGAAUGAAUCUCAGAUACUGCACUGCUUAGAAGAGGCAGAAACUGAAGCAAAGUCCAACCUUAGUGGAUCAAUGUCAUCAGAUGAAUUCAUUAGACAUGCUACUGAUAUCUUUCUUGAAAAGGUUAGACCGAUCAGAUGAUCUUAAGAUCAUCAAUUCAUCAUUGCUUGAAAAUCAUGAACUUAAUCAUCAUUGCUUGAAAAGAAAGCAUAAACCUAUUGGCAUAAUGGCAUAACUUUCAGAUAGUGUCUUGCAAAUACUGUGAGUACUGUAUUAUUUAACUUGUAAAUACAUGUAUGGCUACUAUUUCAUUUGGAAAAAGUGCAAUAGUUUUUAUACCACUCUUAUUUAAUCAUGUUUGAAGGAGAGAGGUUUGUUAUCUGGAACUCAAAGAGCUAUUAGAUGUUAAUCAGUAUUAAAGGAGUGAAAUGGAUCUAAUUAUCAAAUCAUGCAUGUAAUUUAUGGUGAGAGGAUAAUUGAAAGUUUUAUUUUCUAUUAAGGUCUUUUACUUUAGCCCCUUUUUAAGAAGUCUAUAUAGAAAUUAGGAUAUCUAAAUUUAUCCCGUCACUAUACACCCUUUCAUAUAAGGUUUAGUGAUGGAUUUUAAAGUUGGUUUCCUCAAUUCCUUUGCAUAUAAUGAUCAAUGUACAUAUUAAAUCAGAUAUAAAUUCAGUCUGCAAUGAAUUGCUACAGUGUUUAAUAGUUACAGGGACCCUGAAAUAACCCUCCCCUCUUAUUUUGUGCAUACAUUCGUAAUUCCGAAGCUUCGGUUAUUCCGAAGGUUCGUAUUUCCGAAGGUUCGUUAUUCCAAAGGUUCGU